UAUGGCCGACGCCCGUGCCCGUACUUGCUUUAUUAUUUAGAAUGAUUCUUUUAUCUAAACAUAUUUAAAAUAACGAAUCUUUUUGGUGUUGCAAGUUAAACCUUUACCUUUUAAUCGAAUUCUAAAAUAACUAUUGGAAUAAUUGUUUCUGGUUUGAAAAGUGUCUUUCUUUAUCAGUUGCAGAAAGUUGAUUGAGUGUUUGCUCCAAGGUUGAUACUAAUUUACUACUUUCCUACGUUAAUUUUAUGUUCAAAAUGGAUCUCAUGAACGGCUAUGCAGGAUCCAUUGAUCCCAGCCGUGAGUCAGGCCUCGGCAGUGACUCUGACAACAUGGCAGAGUUGGCAGCCCUGCUGAACACAGAGAUUCCCGAGGGGCAGAACAACCUGUCGGACAGUCAUACCAACUUAGAGAGGGUCGCUGAGUAUUGUGAGGGCAACUACUUUCAGUCUGAAAAUAAGAGAAUUGCCCUUGAGGAGACAAAGAACUACACCACCCAGUCCUUGGCUAGUGUUGCGUAUCAAAUCAAUACGCUCGCCUACAACUUUCUUCAACUGCUGGACUUACAAACCGCACAACUCAGCGAGAUGGAGAGCCAGAUGAAUCAUAUCGCUCAGACGGUGAUGAUUCACAAGGAAAAAGUAGCUCGGAGAGAAAUAGGAGUUUUGACAGCAAACAAGACCACAAACCGACAAUACAAAAUCAUCGCUCCAGCUAAUCCAGAAAAACCCAUAAAAUAUGUCAGGAAACCCAUAGACUAUAACAUUCUAGAUGAAAUCGGCCACGGGGUAAGAUCGAACACGCCACGUAGUAAGAUGAGGGGUAGCAGUCAGGGUAGCGUGCAGUCUCUGUCCAGUAUAGUCGCGGUAGGACCUGCCCCGACUACCAAACCACCCACGCCACCACAAGUACGAGGAAUGGGAACAUUGAGCAAGAGCAGCCAGUAUAGGACUCCACCUGCCGUAGCACCUCCGCAGGUACCAAGUCACUACGCACCCAACUACCCACUGGGCCACCCCAGACGCAGUGGAGCUGGCUAUAGCACUCUACCCCUGGCUAGUGGAGGUGGAGUCAACCCAUCACCACCCCCGCAGGUGGGAAUGGUUCACCCUCUGCCACAAACACCACCACCUCCGCCGCCACCAUCUAGUUACGACCACCACAGCAACAUGCCUCCUCCACCUUCUCCUCUCACGCUGUCUAACAACACUCAAGGAGUUGACAUCUUGGAUGGGCAUCAGCAUCUCAGUCGGACGUUGCCUCACCACCACCCCUCAGCGCACCAUACUCUGCCUCCCCGCGCCUCGCCUCCGCUACCCCCACCACCACAGCCUGAGGACGACCAUCACGUACAGUUCGGCCAACUGCAGGGUCGGGGCAUGCCGAUAGUCAGUGAUGAACUGGAUCUGCCGGGCUGGGUGCCUAAGAACUACAUUGAGAAAGUUGUGGCGAUCUACGACUACUACGCAGACAAAGACGAUGAGCUGAGUUUUCAGGAAUCAGCUGUGAUUUACGUGCUCAAGAAGAACGACGACGGAUGGUGGGAAGGAGUCAUGGACGGAAUCACAGGGCUGUUCCCAGGCAACUACGUAGAGCCUUGCGUCUAAAAUAUAUUCCAUUUAAUACAUUAUUUAUAUCUACUAACUUAUACUCAAGAGUUGAAUUGAGCUUGGAGAAUGUUUUGUAAAUUAUUGUAAAUCAACAAUUGAAUAUUUAAAUAUUGCAAAUUUAUAAUAAAAUGCUCAAAAUAAUUUCCUUGUAGAAAAUCGAAGUGAGUUUUGCUAGUAGUUUAUACGCUGGCGAAAGCUACUCUAAAAAUUUAAAAACAAUACUUAUGGUAGAUCAAAAUGAAAACAAAUUUUAAUAAAAAUAUUAGUUUGGUAUUUGCUUAUGCCAUCAUAAAACCUAUUACAUUACCCAUUACCUAUUUAGUUUGACUUCAAUAUCAUAUUCAAUGAAUCCUUUAAGCCAUUGUCAUACCCUGCUUAUCUACAAGAAAAGCUAUCAAUUUUGAAGGAUUAUUUUGAGCAUUUUGAAGUUUUCUUGCAAAGAAGAAAAGUUAUUUUGGUGCAUAGUAAGAUAUAGGUGCACACAAGUAUAGUUAGUUUGACAACAUUUUUAAACCCUUUUAAUUUCACUUUAUCCAAUACCCUAAAUUAUUUAUUUAGUUGAAGACGUUAUGAUAUUAACUAGAUUAUCGGAAUGUUAGAUAUAUAUUUUUAACCGGAUACAAUUAUUUAUAUCAUAACCUAUUUAGUUUAAGUCAAUUGUUGAAAAAGAAUUUAUCCCCUAUGUUUUUUGCGUAACUUUGAAAAAGUUUAUUUGUUCUCUGAGCACUAUGUUGGAGACCUAAUUGAUAUUUUCAGUGCUUUUUUAAAAGGUGCCUGUUAAGACUUACGAAGAUAUUAUUUUAAACUUUUAACUAAAGUAUAUCAUUUUCUUAUUUUUUUUCCUCCUAUCUUAGCAUGGAUCUCAUGGAAAAGGAGUGUUCUUUUUAAUACUCAUAACUUUAUUUGGUUGUGUUAUUUGAGUUGUGAAUAAUAUGGGGGUGGGUUGUUUUAUUUUUCUUGUAAAAUGAUAACCACUCUAAAAGACAGGUCUUCUUAGUGUUUACACUAAGUUUAAUUGAAAUAGUUAUUUGUGUAACUAGUGGCCAAAGUGGCACUUUGCACUCGCGUUACACAUUGUAUUUUUCCUACAGUUACUAUAAAUCAUAGAAAUAAUUAGUCUUUCAAACACUAAGCAACACGUUUUAGGUUAGGUUAAAUCUAAGCGUUAUAACACAAUGGGAAACGCUGCAUCAGCUGAUCGUAGUCGUUUUAUUAAGUGUUGCCAACUUAUUUUCAAGCGUACUGUAUUACGUGCCUAAUAAAAGCACAAGGUUUUUGUUGUUCGGUUGGAAUACUGGAGUGCAGCAAAGAAAUGAGUGCGGUAAAAGUAAAAUGAGUGUGACAAAAGUAAGUAAAUGUAGCAAUUAGCUACUUUGCGUGCUAUAAUCGGUACAAGAAAGUCCGCUUUGUUGGGUAACUGUAGGAAACAUUUUUUAAACUCGAGAUAUCGGUUUUGAAAGUUGGCUGUCAAUUUCAUUGAUUUUAGUUAAAAAUCCAAAUUGAGAAUUGAGAGAGAAUGUCAUUUUCGGUUUCUUGAUUUUCGUUGCAAUCACAGUAGAUGCUCUAAAUUUCACCCUAGUUGCUGGUUGUAGUGAUGACAGCUUCAGUUACUGAGCUCUCAGGUUCAAAUCUCAUCAAUUACCAAUGACUUUUGUAAUAAUGAUGCUACUCGAAGUAAUGUCCAAAACAGAGCCUAGCGUCCUAGAAUGUUAAGGAAAGACAACUUUAAAAACAAACGAUUGGUUUACAGAGUUCAAUUCAAUUACCUGUAUUAGUAACAAAUUUUGUGACUGACAAAAGUAAUGUUGAAAUAACAUAUAUUCAACCCAUCCCUUAAGUGUAGCCAAAUUAUAAAUUACAUUCCAAUAGAAUACCGUCUAUUUUCAUAGGUAAAAGAAAUACCAUAGUUUUUUUCAGUAAGUUAUGGCCUAAACUAAGCAGCAAAUGUUAUUGAAGGUUAAUAUACCAGUAUUUAAGCCAGUUUUGUAAUUUAAUCGCUAAUCAACAUUUUUAGUGCUUACAGUAAAAACAAUACCUUAGUUAUUUAAGUUGAUACAUCUGAAUAAGAAGUUUGAAACAUAUUUUUAAAUAUUUUUUAGCCAGAAAAUAUUUUAGAAGGAAACUCGUCUUCCACCUACCCUAUCCUACAAUUAAUACAUGUUAUUAGUUACAAAUCUGCUGUAACUAUUAUUUUGUGGAAACAUGAUGGUAUAUAUUUGUUUCCAAGUAUUUUUGAUUAACCGAAGAAAAAAUACUGUAUAGGCCUAGUUAUGAUUAUGAAACAAUAUUGUAUAAAAUUAUUUAUUUUCUACGGAAAACCGUGCCGUGCACUAUUUAUUUUGUUUUGUUAGGCAAAAGAGCUAGAGUUGCUUUGUAUAACUGUAAUAGAAUUGGGGGGGGGGGGGGGUUAGUUGGAUAAGCAAGCAACUGUAAAAAUGGAGCGAUUUGGAUUUGAGUUCCGAUGCAGUCGCUACGUUUGAUUCUUGUACUGCAACAGCUCAUCCCUAAGUUCGAUAUAUUUCUCCCAUAUGUAUGAGGUCGAAUGUGAGGCAAAUGUAAGGUAAAAAGCUGCCAACAUCCUACAAAAUUAAAAUUGUUAUCUCAUAUUAUGCUUUAAAGAUGAAUUAUUCUUUGUAUAUAAGUUACAGUAUGUAUGUGGUGCACAAUUAUUGAAUAAAAAUAUUUCUCAAAAUUAUCUUUAA